AACUUUUUUUCUUUCCCGCGUUCACAUCAGUGGAUGACUUUAUUCGUUUGUACUGUCUUUUUUGUGUGUGAGUUUUUGUUCAUCUCGUGUUCAAGCACCUGUUGCUGCGAUGACGGUGACCCCGCCCAUCGAAAACUCUGCGUGUCAACAGACACAUUCCAAUGUUCGCUAUUCGUUACGGUAAACUAUCGACGAAGAGGACCAUCAAAUUGUUUGCUUUGUUGGACUCUCGGCCCCGCCCCCAUCGACCUUCCCAAUUCGCUUCCGUGUAGAGCCACGCGGGAUGCCGGACGAGGCCGGCCCGGGUCCGGUUCGGCCGUCGCCCGCCGGGACGGUGCCGCCCGACGAGUGUCGGCGGGCGGCGGCGGCCCUCGAGCGUCUGCGGGCCAAGCUGACCGAGGAGGAGGAGUGGCGGGGCCACGUGGCCCGCGUGGCGGCGCUCCGGGAGACCUUGGACAGCCCGCUCUUUGCGCACGUGCUCGCUUUGCAGCGCGCCGUCGCCCACCUCGAGGAGCAGUUAAGUCCGCCGCUUCCGGAGGGCAGCCGGCGCUCGGGCUUCGGGCCGAACGGCGCGUCCGCGGCCGGCCACGCCUCGCCCCCGUCCUCGGCCGCGCCCGCCGACGACUCGGCCGCCCUCGUCCUCGAGGCCCCUCCGUCGCCUGACCGCCUUCGCCGGUGGAUCGCGACUGCGGCUGCGGGUCGACCAACGGAGCGCGUGCAUCUGACGCGUCCGGCGUCGGGCGGUCUGGGCUUCAGCGUGGCGGGCCUCCACCCGGGAAGCGGCGGUCCCGAUGUCUUCGUCCAACACAUCCAGCCCGGAGGCGUCGCUGACAGGGACGGGCGCCUGCAGCUGCUGGAUCAGAUCCUGGCCAUCAACGGGCGCCCCCUGGAGGCGGGCGUGAGUCUGCGUCAGGCCUCGGCUUGGCUGCAGAUGCCCGGCCGCGCGGUGGACUUGACGGUCGCCAGGGACCGCCCCCCCGGGGACACGCCGCCGCAGACGUCGUUGCCGUCGCAGGCACUGCCCACCACCACCGCCGCCAACGUCAACGCCAUAAGACGAGCUCAACCUGGCAUUUCAACAUCAAGCGCCCCCCCGGCCGACGUGCCGUCUCCGGCGAGAGAUUGCGGCGCGACCUUCUCCGAGGUCGAGGAGAUCCAGCUGCUCAACGACGGCUCGGGCCUGGGCUUUGGCAUCGUGGGCGGGAAGUCCGGCGGCGCGGUGGUCCGGACGCUGGUCGGGGGCGGCGUCGCCGCCAGGGACGGGCGGCUGCGCGCGGGCGACCGCAUCCUUCGCAUCGGCGCCACGCCCACCGACGGGCUCAGCAGCGACGAGGUGGUCCAGGUGCUGCGAGCGUGCGGGAGUCGGGUGACCAUGCUGGUCGCCAGGGGCCGGGGCGAUCGGGAGAGCGGGGCCCCCCCCCCUCCUCCGCCGCCGCCGCCCGACUCGGCCCCCGUGACGUUUCCUCUGCAGCCCCGCCGCCGGCCCGACAAGACGCCCAACCUGGACGGCUACGAGAUCCACGAGGUCGCGCUCACCAAGAAAGACGGAGAGAGCCUCGGAAUCUCCAUCAUUGGACAAAACCCCCUCAGCAGUCACGACGCGGUGGGCGUGUUCAUCAAGCACGUGGUCCCGGGCAGCGCCGCCCAUCACAGCGGCAACAUCAGAGUUCAAGACCGACUCAUUGCCCUGGACGGCGUCAGCCUCCACGGUCUGACCAAUCGGGAGGUCGUGGAGGUCAUGAAAGGGACGGGACGCACCGUGCUCCUCACGCUCGUCCGCAGGAACAACGCCACCGCCGCCGAAAGGUCCCUGGACAGAGUGGAGUCUUCUCGUGGGUCACUGCGAAGGUCACCAGACUUGAAGAUGACAUAUUUGGACACACACAACAGCACUCCCGAGGCGGCUCUGAAGGCCAAGUGGCAGAAGGCUCUCGGUCCCAACCAGCAAGUCCUGGUGGUCAAGUUGCAUCCGGCCAUCGAGGACCACGCCCGGCCGCAGAGGUCCUCCAAGCUCCUUCCCGUCCACACGCUUCGCCUGGGCCUGGAGUUGGACUCGUUCGACGGCCGCCACUACCUCUCCUGCGUGCUGCCCGGAGGCCCCGCCGACAAAGAUGGCGUCCUGAGAGCAGAGGACCAGCUGCUGGAGGUGAACCGGGUGCCGCUGUGCGGAAAGUCUCGUCGGGAGGUGCUGGCCUUCCUCAAAGAGGCGACGCCGCCUUUCACGCUGGUCUGCUGCCGACGGCUGACGUCCGAGUCGGAAGCGGAAAACGAGUCGGAAGGACGCGGAGGUGGCCUGGAUGACGAACGGGAGGAGGAAGGUGGCGAGCUGGCCCUGUGGUCUUCCCAGGUGGACGUGUUGGAGCUCCGCAAGGAAGCCGGCCAAGGCCUGGGCUUCAGCAUUCUGGACUACCAGGACCCUCUGGACCCCGGCGGCUGCGUGAUGGUGAUCCGCUCGCUGGUGGCGGGCGGCGCGGCCGAGCGCGCCGGCGCUCUGCUUCCCGGCGACCAGUUAGUGUCCGUCAACGACGUCCGGCUGGAGGGCCUGAGCCUGGAGCGGGCCGUGGACGUCCUCAAGGGGGCGCCGCCAGGCGUGGUGCGGCUGGGCCUGCGCAAGCCGCUGGUGGGUUGGGCCCUCGGCCCAGCGGAGGAGGAGGCGGGGCUCGCACGGAACGCCGGCCCUUCGCCGGCCCCGUCUUCCCCGACGUCCGACCCCGCCGGGGAAGAGGAGGACGAGGGCGGGGAGAUGGCGGUGGAUGACGACGAGACGGAGACGACGGGGACGACGGCGCCUCCUUCGUGGGAGCGGCGGAAGGCGGCGUCCUCGGACACGCGACAGACCAAAGACGGAGCACUUCCUGGUGAGACUUUGAUUUCGCCAGCCAUAAACCCAACGCAAGACGCGCGCACGAGCCCACGCGACGCCGAGGCCGACUCGGAACUCAGCAGUACAGACACGGAGUCCGUCGUCAGGAUGAUUGACGCCGAGAAGCGGAGGAGGCGCAGUCACGGAGGGUUCUCGGCAGCCACAAGAGGGGGCGGGGAGCUUCCCCAGCGCGAACAGGGUGAAGGUGAGGAAACUCCUCGCUUCAGUCACUGGGGACCACCGCGCAGGGUGGAGGUGCGCCCCGAGGCGGGCGAGUCGCUGGGCCUGAGCAUCGUGGGCGGCCAUCACGUCAUCAAGCGUCUGAGGAACGGCGAAGAACUCAAGGGAAUCUUCAUCAAGCAGGUUCUGCGCGGAAGUCCCGCCCACGCCACGCGUGCCCUCAAGACCGGGGACAAGAUCCUGCAGGUGUCGGGUGUGGACCUACGAGCUGCCAGUCACGAAGAGGCGGUCCAGGCCAUCAAAUCAGCUGAGAGUCCCGUGGUCUUCGUUGUCCAGAGUCUGUCUGCUAACCCGCGAAUGGUGCGAGGAGCCCCGCCCCCCUACAGGCCUCCUGGCCAAUCAGAGCGGGAUCUGCUGCAGGCCCCCCAAGAGCCUUGGCGUGACCUGCCGGGGGAGCUGCUGCGCGUGGAGCUGGACAAGGAAGCGGGCGGCGGCGCGGGGCUCAGCCUGGCCGGGAAGCGGGACCGCCGCGCUCUCGGCGUCUUUGUGGCGGGACUGCGGCCGGGCGGGGCCGCCGCCACCGACGGCCGCGUGCGCGUUGGCGACCGGCUGCUCCAGGUCAACGACCGGGUUCUUUAUGGGCGGAGCCACCGCAAGGCCUCGGCCCUCAUCGAGAGCUCCGCCUCCAAAGUCAAACUGCUCCUGCUCAGGGGCCGAGACGGCAUCCGGCACGAGGGGCUCCCGCUCUUUCCGCCGCCCCCCGAGAGCGUCUCGCCGCCCGCGGGGGACCCGCUCGUCCCGGCGGAAUGGCCGCACCCCCCCGAGAGCGACGUGUUCCUCCUGCCCUCCGAAGAAGACACGGACGCCGAGGUUGUCGGGGCCCGCCGUGAGAACGACAGCGACGACGAUCCCGAAGAGGCGUCGGUAACGACGUGCGAGAGUGACGGGUGGGGCGACGACGACGACAUCGGUGCCGGGUCGCCCGACGCCCGCGCAGGAAGCCCCGCCUCCCGGGACCCGUCCACCCGCCCCGUCCUUCCGGGACGAGAGACGACCUUGGAGAUCCGCAAAGGUCGUUCGGGGCUGGGCCUCAGCGUGGCGGGAGGCGCCGACACGCAGCUCCGCGCCGUGGUGAUUCUGGAGGUGUACGGCGAGGGAGCGGCAGCCAAAGAUGGCCGCCUGUUGCCCGGCGAUCGGAUUCUGGAGGUACGCGCGCACGCUUCGGCGCCGGAAGGCGACGACGGUGACCGGCGUGUCGACGCGGCGCAGGUGAACGGCGCGGAUCUUCGGCGGGCGUCUCACGAGGAGGCCGUCGCGGCGUUGAGGCGGCCGUGUUCCAAAGUGGCCGUCAAGGUUCUGCGGUGCGCCGAGACCGACCAGCUGCGCCGGGAGGCCGGGCGGGGCCCCGGCUUCGGCGUCGCCGGGAACAGGAGCGGCCGCGGCACGUUGGUCUCGGAGGUGGCGCGAGGGGGCGCCGCCGACCCGGACGGCCGUCUGACGCGAGGCGAUGGGAUCCCGUCGGUCGACGGCGAAGAUGGGCCAAACGCAACCCGGGAAGCCGUCGCCGCCAUUUUGAAGCUCGAUGACGGCGGAAAAAGUUCAAAAGAAGUAGAAGAGGAGGAGGAGAUGGAGGGCGACGACGAGGACAUUUCCUGUCCUGCCAGGGACACAAGGUGCGGCAGCAGCGGAUGGGCAUCCGAGGCGCGGCGACCAAGUUUUAUCGGUAAACGGUGAAAGUCUGGACGGAGUCACGCAGGAGCGGGCCGUGGCCAUCUUGCAGAAAGGGAACCGUCACACUCGAGCUCCUGUCCUAACCCAGCCACACGCGCACAGGCCAACCCCCACCCAACGGCUAAACGCUUCUCUCUCACACCCAAUCGCGCAAGCCUUCAGCUUCACGCCUGGAUGCUAAUGCUAGGAGGUAGCCUGAUUGUGAAGCGACCGCCCGCCGAGUGCUACGUUAGCUUGCGGAAGACUCGGCGGCGAGCUGGCCCGGGACGGCGAGACGCCGUUCGGACAGCCGAGCAAACCUGCCCGUGAUCGUGAUUGUCCUCCACAAACGCCACACGUUUAGUUUUGCACAACGGCUCUAACUCGCACUCAACUGCCUCAGCUUGAAGAUUUGAAGAAAUAGCGGCGAGCUCCACAAAGGACACCAUGUUGAUUGGAACACGCCACGCCCACCGCAUUUGUGUAUUUGACUCGCGUUCAAUAAAAGUGAAGAGACGUCACACA